CUUCAUCAAGCGGAUUAAUGUGUUAAUGCGCAAAUUUCGACCACCUGGUCCCGUGGCGGCAGUGUGUAGUGUCUGGAAGAUUGUACAAGACCACUUUAUCUCUUAUCAGCCGUGUGCUUCAUCGUGCAAGGUGAAAACAUAAACGAUAUUGCUUGGUUGAUUUUGUAGUGCGUACUUGACCAAACACCGCAGUACUUACGUACACGCGUACCCCGGAGGACCGGUUCUAUUUACGCUUACAAUACACAGGUGCCCAAAUUGGAUGAUACAGCAGCUUCGCAUAAACCGGUUUUUGACCCAGCAACCGAACCGAAUAGUGCAGAAUGUUUGCCAGACGAAUUCUUUCCCCAACAAACUGGAGACAUUUACUGCAAUUUUACUCUUGUAGAGUGAUCUCUGUUGUUGAUGGCAAUGCAACGAAUGACCCAAAAGGGCAAACAUGGAUGCAGAAAGCAUUACUACACCACCGGCAGCAUCAAUCAGGCGGUAACCGGUCAACCGAUAGCAUUUCAUCGUUAUCAGCGACAGCCGUCAUCUUGGGUGGAUCAUUGUUGACAUAUUUGAUAAGCGAAAAGAUAAAGAAGGAUACGCCACAUGUCUACGCAAAGGAAGAUUCCCUCGACGCGAUACGCAAAGCACACGAUACGGUGCGGAAGGAUCUCCCAGAGUACACGAUGGAUGAGAUCGUGAAGCACAACGCACCAUCCGCCGGUAUUUGGGUUACGUACGGUGUCGGUGUGUACGAUAUAACGUCCUUCGUCCCGAAACACCCGGGCAGCGAUAAGGUGAUGCUUGCGGCCGGUGGAGCGAUCGAUCCGUUUUGGCACAUCUUCCAGCAGCACAACACGAAAGAGGUGCUCACGCUAUUGGAAACAUUCCGCAUAGGCAAUUUGCGACCGGAUGAUGUGGUGGGCACGAAAGAUCUGCACGAUCCAUGGUCAGCGGAACCGAAGCGUCAUCCCAUUUUGAAACCGGCCACACUGAAACCCUUCAAUGCGGAACCACCGGCAUCGGUUCUAGUGGAUAGUUUCGUGACGCCGAAUGAAUUUUUCUACGUACGAAAUCACCUGCCCGUGCCGGAAGUGGACAUAAAGGCGUACGAGCUCGAGCUGGAGAAUGAAAAGACGGGCAAGAGCAAAACGUUCCGGUUUGCCGAUCUGGUCAAAUACCCGAAGCACACCGUUACGGCCACGAUCAUGUGCGGUGGCAAUCGGCGCAGUGAAAUGAUGGAUGUUAAACCCAUCAAGGGGCUGCCGUGGGGAGCAUCGGCUGUGGGGAAUGCCGAGUGGACCGGUGCCCGACUGUGUGACGUUUUGCGCGACAUGGGUGUGCGGCCGGGCGAUGAAGCAGGGCACGUACAGUUCGAAGGGCUCGAUACCGAUCCAACCAGCACACCGUACGGUGCGUCCAUCCCGUUGGCAAAAGCAAUGGACCCACGGGGUGAUGUGAUUUUGGCGUACGAAAUGAACGGGCAACCGUUAAACCGCGACCACGGCUAUCCGGUGCGCGUCAUCGUACCGGGCGUAGUGGGAUCGAGGAAUGUGAAAUGGUUGGGAAAGAUCGUUGUGUCCCGUAACGAAAGUGCCUCGCAUUGGCAGCAAAACGAUUACAAAUCGUUCAGUCCCAGCACGGAUUGGGAUACGGUGGAUUUUAAGAGUGCACCGGCUAUUCAGAACAUGCCCGUUACGUCCGCGAUUUGUACGCCAGCAAGUGGAGAAACGGUGACGGUUGAGGAUGGGUACGUGACGGUGAAAGGGUACGCAUGGUCUGGCGGUGGUUCCGAGAUCGUGCGUGUCGAUGUUACCGCGGACGGCGGUAAAACGUGGAUCGUGGCAAAGCUGGACGAAAGUGAACAGGGUACGAGCCCGGGCCGUCACUGGUCGUGGUCGCUAUGGUCGGCAAAGGUACCGAUCCGGGCGGGCCAAACAGGACCGAUCGAGAUCGUGUCGAAAGCGGUCGAUAGCAAUUACAACACGCAGCCGGAAUCGUUUGCCAACAUCUGGAACUUGCGGGGUGUGGUUGGCAAUGCGUACAGCCGGGUGAAAGUUAGCGCUAAAUAACACUGCCAAGCGUUGCUAAAGGGAUCUGCUGAUAAGAACUGAAAGGGAAUGGGAAACCGAAGCAACUGAUUGCAGAACAGCCUUGUAAAGGGAGUUUAAAACAAGCAAGGAAUCAAUUCUCAAACUACGAUGACUAAACUAUGUGGCCAUUAUAAUAAACUAAGACUAAACUAAGAGGUCAUUAUAUGGCACGAAUGGUUUUCUAGAGAUUGUAAAAAAAACAAUCAAACUCAUACAUUUAUUAUGUGGUUUUUUAAAUGUAUAAACCACUUACCUAGUAAGUGUUGUUAACAGAAUGCAGCUCAGCUGCAUGGGAAACGCAAUGUGUAAUGCAUGUGAGAUUUUGUUUCGUUUACGGUGAUAAUAAACAAUCGAAA